AUGUCGUCAAUCCCUCUGGAGCCCCCGACUUAUCUGAGCUCGUUGCAGAACAACAUUCGAGCUCGCCCGAUCCCGUGGGAGGGAGCUGUUCGAGCUGGCAAUAUCACCGAGGACCAUCUGAAGAAGAUCAAGGCGGUCGAUAAGGUUCGCAAAGAGCAGCGUCGUCAAACGAUAGAAAGCGAUCUUCAAGGUUAUGUCAGUUUGCUUGCUGGCAGUGCCGAUAGCAAGAGUGUUCUGGGGUCGGCCUCCAGGAGAACCGAUAUCGUCCAGUAUAUUCUUGUUCUAGCGGCGGAUCUGAUCAAUGAUGUUCCCUCUCUCGCGUCGGCACUGAUCGCGCAUCCCAGCCCCUACAAGCCAUUUCUUCCACUCCUCCGUCAUUCGACCAAUGCCGAUGAUCCGAUUCCGCUUCUCACUUCCACAUUCUUAACAAGUCUUAUUUCUUUUAGCCUCGGUUCUUCGACCAAGUCUGCCCCGCGCGAUGAAGAGGCGCUUCCGCAGUUAUACACCUACCUUUCCACCUUGACCCAGAACCAAGACAGCGGGCUGCAGGAUAUCGGGGUUCAGGGGUUGUCGGCGUUGCUGCGGACCGCGAGGUCACGGGAAAUCUUCUGGAACCAGAGGAAGGAGACUCCUGAUCCCUUGAUUGAGAUCCUCCGUGCUGCGGCGGGCGCGAAAGAUAGCAGCUCCAGCACUCUGGCGGGCAGUUCGCGGGCCGUUGAGCCCGGUCUUUCCGGUGGUGUCGGGUUGCAGCUUUUGUAUCGCGUGCUUCUGGUUCUGUGGCAGCUGAGUUUCGAGGGAGGUCUGGUUGGCGAGGGCCUUCAAGCCGAUUACGAGAUUAUCCAACUAUAUACCCAGCUUCUGCGCCUCUCUCCCAAAGAGAAGACCACCCGACUGAUCCUUGCGACUCUGAACAACCUCCUCUCCACCAAUCGCACAAUUUUGCUGCCGGUCGCGGUGUUUGUCCGCCUCCCAGCUUUGCUUUCCAACCUCUCGGGCCGUCAUCUGACCGACGAAGAUCUUCUGGAGGAUCUCAAUGCUUUGACGGCGAUGCUUGAUGAAUACACCAAGACACAAACGACGUUCGAUCAGUAUGCCGCAGAGUUACAGUCGGGCCACCUUCGCUGGUCUCCGCCGCACCGAAACCCAACUUUCUGGCAAGAGAAUGCCCGUCGAAUCCUGGACGAAGGCAAUGGGGCGCUCCCCAAGAAGCUUGCCGAGAUUUUGUCCAAGAGCUGGGAUAAUGACAAGCAAGUUCUUGCGAUCGGUUGCAAUGAUGUUGGCCAGCUAGUCAAGGCGAUGCCGCAGAGGCGUGGCCAACUGGAGAAGCUGGGGCUCAAGACUCGGGUUAUGGAGUUGAUGGCCGACAAGGACGAAUCUGUGCGAUGGGAGAGUCUGCGUGCGGUUGGCGAAUGGCUCCGGUACACUUUCGAGGGUUGA